AUGUCUGCGCCCGACCUACACAACUGCUUCUUACGACCGCCCAUAAUUCAAAUCCUUCGUGCCGCUGGCUUUCACUCCGCUCGCCCCGCAGUGAUCGACACCUUGACUGACCUUGCCGCACGAUACCUCCUCCUCCUCGCCUCAUCCACCGUUGACCAUGCGCUCAACAGCCACGCUGAAGAUCCUAUUCCGACCCUCGAUGACAUCCUCAUGACAUUCAACGAUGUCGGCGCUCUACGGCCUCAGAAAACUCCGCUGGAAGAAGACCUCGAGGGCGAAGACAUGAGAGGGCUGGAGCUGUUUCUGGCUUGGUUCAGUGGGCCUGCGAACACGGAGAUUAGACGGAUUGCCGGGUGCAUUCCUAGUGAGGGCGAUGUCGUUGAUGUGGAGGACAUGGGAAAGGAAGACUAUUUGUCCGCGCUGAAGAAGAAACACAGCAAGACCGGAGAAGAAUCGCGGUUUCAAGGAACCGUCCUUGGGAAGGAUGUGGAGGACCGACCCGUCGUCAUUGAGGGAGGAAUCGAAUCGAUAAAGGCAUGGGGAACACAGGUCAGGUCGAGAGAACAGACCGCGGAGCCGGCAUCUACCACCAUGAGUAGCAUGUCGAGAACGAUGGUAUUCUCGUUCUCUCUCCCCACCACCUCGCACCUCUCCUUCCAGUCCUACCUCACCUCGCCCACCCACCCCUCGCUCCCCUCCUCCGCCUCAACAGCCCGCCACGCCCUCCGCCUCGCCUUGAAGAAGCACAAGGCCCUGCUCCCUGCGCAACGCCCAGCCCACCUUCCCUCCAUCCUCACCGCACUGCACGAAUACCUCCCCUACCUCUUCGCGCUCUCGCAAGGCCUCAGCUCCAACCCGGGCCCUGAACAUGAAGACAUCGACGUCAUCCUCCGCACCGAGAUCGAGGUGGCAUGGCGCGCUACGCUAAGUGCACCCGCGUCUGCGCUACAUGUGCUACAUCGCGCGGCACAAGGCGCGCGGCUGAAGGGCUGCGGGCUGGAUUUCGAAAUCGCCUUCGUCCUGUUCACCCUGGGCUACGUCCUGUCACUGCGGGCGCGGACCCGGGUGCUCAACACAGUCUACGCCAGCGCCACGCCGACGGUGGAACAAAAGACCGCCGCGGCGCAAGCGGCCAUGAAGGACCUCCUCGCCGCGAGCAGCGUGCAUACGUACCUGGCUUCUGCGGGCCUGGGCGCGAUGACCAGCGAAGCGGGCCACGGGCCGAGUUCUGCUCCGGUGCCAGAUAUGGAUCCGUCGACGCAGUCUGCUCUGGCCUCCCUGGCGAUGGCGGAGGCGACUCUGCUGGCGGUGCUGAAGGAUGACGCUUACCUGUCCGCGUGCAUCCAGGCGCGGAACAAGGAUGAUACGGAGUGGAUGAUCAAGGCGCCGGAUAUCCCCAAGGUCCGGGCGUUGCUGUUUGCUCGGCUCUGUGUGCGCGCGGCGGAGUAUUCGGAGCAGGCUGCUGCGAGUGCUGGUGCGGUGAAGAGCGGUGGCUCGAGCUCACCGGACUCGAGUGGGGCUGAGAGGAGGAAGCUUGAUGAGAAUCUGGUCAACUACAUGCGCGUGUUGGCGAGAGUUGGGAGGGCCAAGGCGUGCCGGUUCUUGGGCAUUGAUGCUGAAAUGGCUGGGAAGGUUGGGGAGGGGAUUGCGUGGUUGCGGGCUGGAAAAUCGAUAUUGGGAUUCAAGGGAUCCUUGGAAGGUGAUGAGGAGAAAUCUGGGUCGAAGGUUACAGGGAGAAUGGGGUUUUCAAAGCUGAAACGCCAGUGGAGCGAACGGAGAGAGGAGAAAAGGCUUGAAGAGAGUGCGUCGGGAAAGAAAGGUGAGCAGGCGGCGGGAUUGGAUUGGGGCGAUGACGCGGGCAGAGAAGAGGAAGGCAGAGUCAUUGAGAUGCUGGAGGCAAAAUGGAUGAAAAUGAAUGACACUGUCAAUACUCAAGCCAUACCGUCAUCUGCGGCUUAUUUGUCGAGACUACCCUCCGGGAGGGACAUUCAUCCUCCCCCAGGUCCUUAUGUCCCUCCUCACUUGGAUGCGGAUCAUCUCGCCCGCAUGCGCGCCCCCCCAGAAAGCCCUGGAUUUGCAGAUGUUGGUGACAGUAGCGAGGAGGAAGUGGGAGAAACACAUUCUGAACGCCGUGGUGGGUAUUUUUAA